AUGAAUCGUUAUGCGUUCUUCAUUGCGCUCUGGUUUGCGUCCCUGAUUACAAACAGUGUUAGUGUUAAUACUGGGCAUAAAGGCGAGUAUAUUCCUUGUCGCAGAUGGGAACCGAUUAGUGCCCUGUUCGGACAGAAGUUGGAAGAAAUGAGACCGUUACUCCGGGACACUGUUUGGGAAAAGAUCACUGAAAAAGGGACUCAAACCGAACCAUUUAAGCAUGCAGUUGGUGACCGGGCGGCCUCGUUCACCUGGUGCACGGAAAGAGGAAGAGGCGCCGUUGUCAAGAACACCGGCUCGAAUGAUCUGGUGUAUGCUUUGCGACAUCACACAAGUCAAAAGUUUGUCAUCGGUGCACGUCUCCAAGCCGGGGAUUACCAGCACGUCGAAUUUCCUGAAGAAUGCACAAAAGAUGAGGUUUAUCUUCACAUUAGGAAACCAUGA